ACAAGUUUUUACGCACGGGGAAGUGCUAGGAAUUGUUUGCAUGUAGUCAGCCUUUACCAUGCGAUUGUGCAAAAUCAAACCUAUAUAAAAAAAACACCAGUAACCCAUUAUGAUUAACAAGGGUCCCCUGUGGAAAAGAGUGCGGUCUUACGCUGGACCGGUUCCGAGAGCGAGGCACGGGCACCGGGCCGUGGCCAUACGAGAGCUGGUGGUUGUGUUUGGAGGUGGAAACGAGGGAAUAGCGACCAAUCUGCAUGUUUAUAACUCGGUGACAAAGCAGUGGUUCCUACCGGCAGUGAGAGGUGAUAUCCCACCUGGUUGUGCCGCUCAUGGCUUCGCUUGUGAAGGCACACGGAUCCUGGUGUUUGGAGGGAUGGUUGAAUUUGGCCAGUACACCAAUAGUCUCUAUGAACUGCAGGCCAGUCGAUGGCUGUGGAAGAAACUGAAGCCCCGCCCACCUAAGAACGCAUCACCUCCAUGCCCACGGAUUGGUCACAGCUUCACUCUUCAUGCAAAUAAGUGCUACCUUUUGGGUGGAAUGGCCAAUGACAGCGAAGACCCAAAUGGAAAUAUACCACGGUAUUUAGAUGACUUCUAUGAGCUGGAGCUGCAGGCUCAAUCCGGGGUUAAAGGCUGGAGCAUUCCUGAAACCAAAGGUGGAGGCCCAUCAGCCAGAGAAUCCCAUAGUUCUGUGGUGUACUGUAGCAAGGGUGGCGGUUCUCCAAAGCUCUACAUAUUUGGGGGCAUGUGUGGGCACAGACUGAAUGACUUGUGGCAGCUAGACAUUGAGACUAUGACUUGGUCAUUGCCUCCAACCAGAGGACAACCGCCACUACCCAGGAGUCUGCACACCUCCAAUGUGAUUGGAAACAAGUUAUAUGUGUUUGGAGGAUGGGUUCCUGUUGGAGAGGCAGAAGAGGCACUCACUGCUGAUGGAGUCAAGUGGAUCUGCACCAGCUCUCUUUCCAUACUAAACCUUGACACACUGACAUGGCAUAACCUGACACCGGAAGAACACCAGCAGGGAUUGGAUUCAGGCGUACAGUCGGUCGAACAGGAAGAGGGCAGCACACACUGGCCGAAAGCACGAGCCGGCCACUGCGCGGUAACCGUCGGCACUCGUUUAUAUGUCUGGAGCGGCCGAGAUGGAUACAAAAAGUACAAUAACUACCAGGUCUGCUGCAAAGAUCUGUGGUACCUGGAAACAGAGAGGCCUUCCACUCCUGGUGCGGUGUUCCUUGUGAAGUCCACGAUCAGUAUGCUGCACGUCGCCUGGCGGCCCCUGCCGGCGGCUGAGUGUUACUUGCUUCAAGUGCAGCCGAUUACGUCUCCUCAUUCUUCUUCAAAUGAACCACAGUCCACACCAACUCCUCCACCAGACCCGGGAGACAGGAAGGAACAUAUACAAAAAGACCCUCAGUCAAGUGCAGAUGUCAAAGUUAAAGGAGAGAGAGAAUCUUUACCACAGGAAAGCCUUUUGAGGCCAAAAGGAACAAGUGAGGAUGGGGCAGACAUUCAACCAACAGGGGACAAAGGUAGAAAAGCCAAAACUGCUUCUGAUCAAGAAGGUGUUUCCGUGAUGCCAUCAGACAUGAAUAAGGCCGGUAAGCUGAAUAGCGCAUCUCAGUGUCAGAAUGAACGAGAAAUGUCUUCAAUACCAUCCCAACAGUCUGAGAUCACAAAGGAGUCUGUGUGGUUUGAUGUGGGUCUGUUUAAAACACUGUAUUGUGAGGUUACACACUACUUCCUGCCUUCUGAGAAUGGUGACAUGGCAUCGAUCCUGUCUGCCCGAAACUCAUCUGACAGUGAGUGGAAGCUGCCGGGUCCUCAUAGUUUUACGGGUCGCGAGAAGCAGGAAUUGGCAUCAGGAGUAACGUACAAAUUCAGGUUGGCCGGACUGAACAGCCGUGGCCUGGGCGACUUCAGUCCCGUCAGCGAGUUUAAAACCUGCCAGCCUGGAUUUCCCGGGGCGCCGUCUGCUGUGAAAAUCACCAAGGAUACUGACUCUGUGCACAUCACCUGGGAGCCUCCCACCUCUCUCUCCGGGAAGAUCCUGGAGUAUUCAAUGUACCUGGCUGUGAGGAAGAGUCGAGGGAACAGCGUGGAGCGACCCGGCGAGCUGGCCUUCAUCCGAAUCUACCGCGGUACCAAGACUUCAUGCACAGUCAGCGAAGCCCAGCUGAGCAACGCGCACAUCGACUGCUCGGCACGGCCUGCCGUCGUCUUCCGAAUCGCUGCCAAGAACGAACAGGGAUACGGUCCGGCCACUCAGAUCCGCUGGCUGCAAGAUGCGAGUAAGCUGAAAUCCUCAGUGACGCAGGCCGACUCCAGUGCUCCAGCAGCAGAGCCUGACACCACCUGCAGAUGAACUCUCACCCCCGACGGGUCGCCCAGCUGUUUGACUGACCGCCAAAGCUCUAAUUCUUCCGGACUGCAUUUCACUCUCGCUAUUUUAAUAUAGCCCAUUUGAUGACUGAAAGUGAUCUCAGUCCACCGUUUUUCGUUUACACUGUAAGAUUUAGGUUUUAGUAAAAAAUGCUCCUGCUGUUUGAAUCAGUCAGGGUCAUUAUCACUGUAAAACCAUGUACAUUUUACUUUAACACUUUUUAUACUGAGUUCAUAAAUAUAGUUUUAUUAAAUUGGUGUAGCCAGAGGCAACUUUUUUUUCUCUUCGAAUACCUAAUCUGGUUUUUGUGAGCGAAAUUUGAUCACCCCUUAUUGGAAAAUGAGAUACUUCUGCAUAUAUAUAAAAUGCAUUUAGUAUGUUUCUUAAACAGCUCUGGAGGAGGGCCUAUUUUAUUUUAUUUUUUCCAUUUUAAAAAGCCAUUCAGGUCUUACUCUUAACAGAAUUUUAUUGCAUAACAGGAGGAAACUUUUUUUCUUUCUUGCCUUAUAAAUACAGUGCAAUUUAAAGGUACACUAUGUAACUUUUGGACCUCAAAACUGCAUGCAUUUUGCAAAAGAACAUUGUUUUGGAUGUGCUUCGGCUCUGCGGAAGAAUAUGGUUAUCUUACUGCUCAUAAAACACUAGGCUUAAGAGAUAUAAUAUAACCAGUAUCUCAAGUUGACUAACUGAAGACGUUACUGUAGCUUUACCCAUUAUUAGACAAGGUACAUCCUUGAAAAUAAAUGCCAGCACAGUUCAUAAUGAAAUGAGCCUUUACAAUAGAUAAUGCUUUACAAUGAACUGUUAGAGAGCUACAUAUGGCAAUCUAUCUGUUCAAUAAAAUACCUUACCUGUUGAGUAAUAAAAACAACCAUCUCCACGUCACUUUUACAACAUUCAAAAUCCCGCAGUUCCCGCCAUUUCCGAAAAGCCACGCCAAUGUUUUAUUAUGAGAUCUGUUGCGUUCUUUUUUUUGCCAGCAGACUCUUCUCUGUUCUGCGUUUUUUUGUUUUUUUAAACAGGUGAUUCCCCAGAGGGGAACAACCAUACAUGCAUCAAAAUAGCUGAAGAAACUUUUCUCUAUUUACAGAUAUGACGAGACGCGCACGAGAGAGUGACAUAUGUAUGCAAUUUCCCAUGAAAACCAUCCCAAAUGGUCUAAAAUAUAAACUUGAUAGGCUUACCAUAGUAAAUCAGGGUAGGAUGUAUUGAUCGACUCGUUUAAAUUUUGAACAAAAAAGUAAUACUGUACCUUUAAAUAGAAUAAUCCAGGUAAUGAUCAAGUUUUGUUACCAUUUCAAAAACAGGUACUAGGACAUGUCAAUCCUACAUUUGCCAAAAAAGCAAUUUGGGUAUAUAAAUAUUCAGUGCAUUAUUGAAUUAGAGAAGUAGAUGUAUUACUAUAUAUAUGUACCAAGUGCAAUUAGUAUAAUCAGUCUACUUGGGGAUUUUUAAUAUCCAAUUGAUACAGUUGCUUAUGCAGGUUAUAUCUGUAUUAAUGUUCCAUUAGCAUUUCAAUAACCUAGAAAACUACAAGAGUAUUAAUGACACAGACAGUGCCAUUUCAAACUGAGCUCUUAAAAACAUUGCCUUCAUUUACAGACAUGUACAUAUUCACUUCCUAUUUGUGCUACUCAUGAACAACUAGUGCCUUUUCUUGAUGGCAAAAUAAAGAUCCGACAAACUAUUU